AUGGCCUUUUCUCUUGUCAAAAGAUAUGGCAUCUGUUGGUCGAUGCUUCAUGCUAAAUGGUUUCCUGCAAUGGAUACCAUUUAUUUUCUGAAGAUGGCUGAAAAAGUUCCUCAAGCUUUAAUUGUAUUAAACUUUAUGCAUACUGAAGUUAAUCCGGAAGAUGACACUGCCUAUAGACAUCACGAAUAUCUUGUUGUCUUUACAGGAGGACGCACACAACCUGGAACAACUAAACCUGAUGAGGGAGAGCGCCACCCUUACUCCAUAAUAGAUUGUGAGCCUAAACGUGAAGCCAUUUUGCCGUCUGUAAUCUACAUUCAGAAGAUUUUGCGACGAAGGCCUUUUCUCAUAAAGAAUCUUGAAAAUGUUAUGCGAAGAUUCCUGCAGUCAUUGGAACUUUUUGAGGAAAAUGAAAGAAAGAAGCUGGCAAUUUUCACUGCACUUGCAUUCUCGCAGAAGCUAUCAGGUCUCCCCCCGGAGACUGUGCUCCAGCCACUGCUUAAGGAUAACCUUGUGGCCAAAGGGCUAGUUCUCUCAUUCAUAACAGAUUUCUUCAAGGAAUAUCUGAUUGAUAACAGCCUUGAUGAUUUAAUUUCUGUUUUGAAGCGGGGUAAAAUGGAGGACAAUCUCCUUGACUUCUUCCCAUCUUCAAAGAGGUCGGCUGAAGCUUUUUCUGAGCAUUUCGCGUAA